AGCUAGGGACAGCAUGGACGGCUUUAGUUCCCCCGCCAUGGCACCCACAGUCCGCAAACCAGCGGCCCACCCGGCCGUCCUCGUCCUCCGCCGGCUGGACGCGCCGUUCGCCGCCGCGCUGCACGAGCACUUCCUCCUCCUGGACUUCCACGCGUCCGGCGAGCCCCUCCCGGCUUUUCUAGCCGCGGCAGCGGCAGCCCCCGAGCCCCCGCGCGCCGUGCUGGUGGUGGGCGGCGGAGCCAUACGCGUGGACGCCCCGUUCCUCGACGUCGUCCAGUCCGUCCGGUGCGUUGUCACCACGGGCACCGGCGUCGACCACAUCGACCUGGCCGAGUGCGCGCGCCGCGGCGUGGCCGUCGCCAACGCCGGGAAGGUCUACUCCACCGACGUGGCGGACCACGCCGUGGGCCUGCUGCUCGACGUGCAGCGGCGCGUGUCGGCGGCGGAGCGGUACGUCAGGCGCGGGUCCUGGCCGGCCCAGGGCGACUACCGGCCACUCGGCUCCAAGCUCGGCGGCAAGCGCGUCGGCAUCAUCGGCCUGGGCAACAUCGGCUCGCUCGUCGCGAGGCGGCUCGAAGCCUUCGGCUGCGUCAUCCUGUACAACUCGAGGAGGCGCAAGGAGGAGGGCUCGUCCCGCCGCUACACCUACUUCCCGGACGUCCGGGGCCUCGCCGCCGCGUCCGACGUGCUCGUCGUUGCCUGCGCGCUGAACGAGGAGACGAGGCACGUCGUGGGCAGGAAGGUGCUGGAUGCCCUGGGGAAGGACGGCGUGCUCAUCAACGUCGGCCGAGGGGCGAAUGUCGACGAGGCGGCGCUGGUGGCGGCGCUCAAGGAGGGGAGGAUCGCCGGCGCCGGCCUCGACGUCUUCGAGGACGAGCCGAAGGUGCCGGCGGAGCUCCUGCCCAUGGACAAUGUGGUGCUGACCCCUCACGUGGCGGUUCUGACGCAGGAAUCCAGGUCGGACCUGCGCGCGCAGACCAUCGGCAACCUCCAGGCCUUCUUCUCCGGCCAGCCAUUGCUCACUCCCGUGCCCUGCCAUCGUGCCUAAUGUUUUGAUAUAACUUGCAAAUUUUCAUAAUAACCAGAUGACAUUCGUGGAAAACGUGACAAAAAAAGAAUCGAUGAUCUAAAAUGUUAUUUUCAAACGCAUUUUGGAGCAUCGAUUUUUCUUUUUUGCCAUGUUUUCCAUCAAUGUCAUCUCAUGAUGAAAUUGUGCAAGCUAUCUGGACAUUUGUCAAUGCUUCAUAAAAAAAAGUCAGACGUCUAGAUCUGCAUCUCGAUCUGGUGCACCUGUACAGUGGUGUGGCCCCGAAACGGCUCAUUGGCAGAUUGGGCCAAGCCGUGUGUGGUGUCGGUGGCAACUGUAUGCGACGGGUUCUGCUCAGCAUGUUGUGGCUGUACGACAUGCAUAACGGGCGUCACGCGUAGCCGGGCUUGGUGGAUGUCUGUGAUGGCGCACGACGGUUGCAAGGUGUAGAUCCAUCCAUGGCGUCCCCCGGGCCGAUGAACCUGGGUAGGGCUAUCUCCGAUGGGGUGGU